AUUAAUGAAAACACGAUUACACGUAUUUUAUAUUUUCAUUUUGUUAAAUAAAUACAAAAGAAAAAACUAUAAAAAAUAAAUUUGUUUUUCUUAUAGAGAUAAGAUAAUAAGAAAAACGAGAAUGGAUAACAACGGUGAUGAUUUAUUAAGUUUUAAGGAAUUUCCACCUGUACAUGGGCAAACGAGUGCACCAAGAGCUCAAAUUAGCAUUAAUUCACCUACUAGAUCAACAUUUGGUAAUAAAGAUCCUUUAGAUGAAUUAAUUGAUGAUAUGUCAAGAAGUGUUCAGACUAUGAACAACGAUAAUUAUUCAAAUUCUGGCAUUCCACCGCUACCAAUCGAUGAUGAUGAUCCAACAUUAAGCGGUCAAACACGAAUCCCUAAACCAUCACCAAUUACUAUAGAAUUUUACCAAAAAUAUUUUAAUGUCGAUACAGCAAUGGUAAUUGAACGAAUAGUAAAUUCAAUUGUACCAAGAAAAGCCCCACCCGAUUAUUUAAAAACUUAUAUCGGCAAAAAUCCAGAUUUAUACGGACCAUUUUGGAUAUCAGCAACAUUGAUUUUUUCUAUAGCUAUUACUGGUAAUAUAGCUGAUUAUUUGCAAAGAGCUGAUUUAAAUUAUGAAUGGAAAUAUAAUUUUCAUUUAGUUUCAUAUGCAGCUACAGCUAUAUAUAUUUAUGCAUGUUUUGUUCCAAUUUCAUUAUGGGCAAUCUUUAAAUGGACUUUAAAACCCAAUGAGGAUAAUUUAGACACUGAUUCGGCGACUUAUACACCCAGUUUAAUGUCAUUGAUGUGUGUUUAUGGAUAUUCUCUUGCCGUAUUUAUUCCAGUCUCAAUUUUAUGGGUCAUACAAUAUUCUAUUCUUCAGUGGAGUUUGGUUUUGAGUGCAGCAUUAAUAUCUGGACUUGUAUUAAUAUUAGUUCUAACGCCUGCAAUAAGAAACUCAAAAAUUUCUAUGUUUUUAAUUGUUGGAAUAAUUUUAGCACAUUUCUUAUUGGCAGCCGGCUUCAUGUUAUAUUUCUUUCACGUACCAAAUUCAACAGCAAAAAUAAUUCAACCUGUUACAGAAAAAUUAAUUCAACCAGUAACAAGUGUUAUUAAUAUUGUGCAAAAAAAUAAUAAUAGUACAUCUUAGAAUUUCUAAUAAAUUAAUUUUUUUUUGGCUUGUUGCUGAAAUUUUUUAAAGUAUUUGGUAUAGCUUUUACAUAUUAUACAUUAAUAAUGUGUCUAUAAAAAUAAUUAUAUGAAUAAAAUAAAAAAAAAAUGUAUUUC